CUGAUCUGUAAUGCCCUCUCUCUCUCCUCAUUGGGGAGAGUUGUAAACAAGUUCUCAACUUUGUGAUAUCUUAUCCAAGGUGUACCUCUAACCAUGUCAAGGGUGGAAUAUCAUUUGAGUGUUUCUUGUCUAGGAACUUUAGCAUCAUAACAGAAUUUAUCAACACAGAUGCCUACUUGCCUUCGAACUACUAUGUUGUUCAUUGUGAUCUGGAAUUUCUACAUUAAGAGUUUUAUAAGAAGAUGAGCUUCCCUUCAUUUUGAAUGUUAAUUUCCUUGUAGCACUGCAUAAUCUUGCAGAAUGUGGAUAAAUUGAACUUGGAUCUUGAACAGGAAAUUCUGAAAAGACGUGAUGGAGUUUAUAUGUGUGGCGUUUACUAGUUUCAUCAACUUCUGUUUGAACGUCUUUUGAAGUGAUUUAUGCUGUAUUUGCCUACUUGGCAAUACAGAUCUUUUCCUUGCGAUUGUCAGGCCUUGGUGUUCUAAAGUUACCAGGAUAUUAACCUGAAGAUACAAGGAUAGACUAUGAAUUACUUUUCACCCUUCAACACAGAAUUUGCUGCUUGGCAUGUAUCAGAACUUGAGAAGUUUGGAUAGUUGCGCAAGUCACUAUGAGCAAAACUUACAUGAUAUGAAGCUGCUCGUACCAUCAUCAAAACUUUUGGAUGUUAGAUACGAAGAACUAGCUUCAAAACUUCUUAAUUAGCAUUGUGCCAUCAAGAUGUUUCGCAAGUUAAGACGAGUGUUCAGCGUGCGGAGUGUUCUCUCUCAUAAUAUUAAGAAGAGGCAGAAUUCCGCCUUUGAAGAGGUGGAUAAAGGGCAGCCCUGUUUGAGCUGUGGAGAUAAGUGCCUAGGAUUUGUGCCACAUAAAUGGAGGAGUACAUGCGCAUCAUGCCACUGUGGUAGAGAAGACCAUGACAUCAUACAUGAUAAUCUAGUUACUGUUUUUGAGAGAUUAAAUAUUCCAAUUGAGGACCAUGCUCAGCUACAGAGGACUAAAGAGAAGGCUCUGGCCCUUGGCUACUCAUGGGUCCCACAAGGCCUAUCUGUUACUAAGAUUGAGGAUUUCAUGAAUUCAUUACCCAAUAAUCAAAUUCCAAGACUACAUACACCUGGUGAGAAGUACCGAGACAGGCAGCUGAUCAUUCAGAUACCCAAACAAGAUGUCUCGGAGGAGUUCUGUCAUUUCCUCGGUGAUGCGGCUACCAAUGAAAGCUUCACGCAAUUCCUAGAGCUACGAGAUGAAACAGCGUUCGGGAUCGGCAAAGUCAAAGACUAUUUACCUCAAGAUACAGAAUGUUUCAAGUGUGGUGGAGAGAUAGAAGCAGGAGAGAUUGGUAUCUUUGUGGAUAAGAUGGAAGAGGAGGCUUGCUGCUGGCAUCCAUUCUGUUUUACCUGUAAUACAUGUGAAGAACUACUGGUUGAUACAGGAUACUUCUUCAGGGAUGGACAGAUCCACUGUGAACGGCACUAUGCAGAAUCCAUAAUGCCCCGCUGUGCCUCAUGUGAUGAGCUGAUUUUCACUGGAGAGUACGUGAGAGCCAUGGAUGAAAACUUCCACAGCGGUCACUUCUGCUGCCAGCAGUGUGACAAAGCUUUGAGUGGACAGAGUUACAUCUUAAAAGAAGAGAAACCGUUCUGUGUGGCUUGCUAUGAUGACAACUUUGCUAAUGAAUGCGCUGAGUGUAACCAGAAGAUAGGACACGAUAGCAAGGAUCUUAUUUUCAAGUCAAAGCAUUACCAUGAGACAUGCUUUGAAGCCCGCUACACAUGUUCUAUGUGCAAGGCGUCUCUUGCAGACAAGGCCUUCGGUAACUGGGAUGGACAACUCUGCUGCCUCCAAUGUUAUGAGAAGAACUUGGCCAAGAACUGCCAAGCAUGUGGAGAAUUAAUAAAGCCUGGAAUGAAACGUCUUGGAUUCCAGGGUAAGGAAUGGCACGACAAGUGCUUCAGAUGCAAGGUUUGUGACAAGCAUAUCGGAGGGGGCAGCUUCGUACCCAAGGAGGACAACAUUUACUGCAGUACGUGUUACGAGGAAACCUUUGGUACCAAAUGUGCUGGUUGUGGCAAGAUCAUCUCUACCGGUGGACUGCAGUAUAAGAACGAGCCAUGGCAUAGAGAAUGUUUCGGAUGUGCAGAGUGUGGCAAGUCUCUCUAUAACACCCGCUUCACAGUGAGGGAUGACAAGAGACUCUGCGCUGACUGCUUUGGGGAGAGGUAUGCCAGGAAAUGCUCAGAAUGCAAGCAACCCAUCGUUGGUCAAGGAGGGACCAAAUAUGUGUGCUUUGAGCAGAGGAAUUGGCACAACAAAUGCUUCAACUGCAAAAAGUGUCAAGUCUCUCUUGUGAAUGAGUGCUUUGUGACAGAAGGAGAGGAGAUCAUUUGCCCUAACUGUGCACAAGGCUAGACAAGGAGUACUUCCUGACCCCACCCAUCUUAGCCCCCACCCCCCCCCCCUCCCCACCCUCCUCAUGCCCCACCCCUAGGCCCCACCCUUAUUAUGUAGUGUAUAGCUCAUAGUAUCUUCUUGCUAGUUUAUCAUUUCUGCAAUUCAUGUUGUAUUCUUUGUACCAUAUUUCAGAGAAGAAUCAAAUAGAAAUGGAUUAUCUCUAUAUGUACCCUUUGGACAUUAUGAUAAGCCCUUAUAGAACUCCUUUUUUCUCUCUCAAUCCAGAUGUUAAAUGGGGAUUUGGUUGGAUUUUUUCAUUGAAUAUUCACUGAGCAAUGGAAAUGGCUGCCAGUGCAACAGUAAGAAUAAUAUCAAAAUAAAUGCAUUUGAACACACAAUAGCUUAGACAAUCAAAGUGCAUAGUUGCAACAUACAUCAUUGCUCAGCUCGAGAGCCUGAUGUGACGUUUAUGCGUCAGUAGACACCAGAGGAAUCCCUACACAAUAGACUUUUGUGCGUGUUAAUGAUUUUAAAAAAUAAUAUUGGCUGGCUCUACCUACAAUGGGCAUAGAGAAUCUUGACCCUGUCUAAAGCUUGGUAUGUACGAUACUUAACCUCAAGUCCAGUCAUUAUUUAAAUAUUUAAAAUAUAAAAAAUCAUCUUGAAAAAUAUGAGAUAAGAUGGAAGUAGAAAGUGAAGUAAGAGAUGGGUUGGUGGUGAUUUACGUUAUUGUUGAAUUUGACAUCUCUUUUCAAACAAGCUCUUGUACGCAUGCUUAUAAUUAAUGAAAUACAUCAUUAUGAUUUGUAGUAAGAAUGAUAAACUAGCGCAACAAAAAAUAUAUAUAUUGAAAUAUUGAAACCAUCUAUAGUACUACUGAACUUGAUAUUCUUGUAGUUAUUGUUUGAAGUCUCUUAUAUGUUGGACAAAUGAAAAUAAUUUAACUUUAGAUUUAUUUAUUUAUUAUAUAUUCAAUUCAACUUCUGUGGCUGUGUUUGUAUAAGAGAAAUGAAACAUAACCCAGUACACAAAGGCCUUGACAGUACUGUAUUGUUAGACUUUUUGUCAAUAAAACAAGUACUUUUAAGUAAUGGGUUGUAUUUGUUAAAAAAAAAGUAAAAUUAAUAAAAAAUAUAAAAAUCAUGAUAAUGAUAAAGAAAGGUACUUCUAAGGUAGUUUUUAUUCAGUACCUAAGUGUAUUUUGAUUGAAGGAUAAGGGAAAAAUCGUUUGAAAUUUCAACAAAUAAAAUGGACUUUUAUUCAGUUUCAAAGAUAUAUGCAGUAGAGAACAAAUCAUGUAUUCUGAAGUAUAUAGCUAACAAAAUGCAGUGAUUUUUGAAUGAAGGAAGUGUACAUUUGGAUUAAUUUAUGGCUAUUGCUUAUUAAAUGUUGCAAUUUAGUUCAUAGUAUGCUUCAAUUUUUAUGAAUUCUCUUUUUGUUUUGAAUGUGAAGUGCAAAAUUCUAUUGUAGAUAACUAGUCUUUUGUAUAAUAAAAUAUUUCAUUUAUUGUUUUUGUCAACUAAUAAUAUUAAAUAUUGACACACUGCAAAGCAGCAUUAUUUUGUAUGUAUAGAUGAAUGAUGACAUAUGACUCGCAUUGAAGGGCAAAGUAUAGCACAUUAUUUAAAGAAAUAUUAGAAUAUAAUAAGUGUUUCUUUCAUAAUUUCUUGCCUGAAUCUAUCAUGCUGAGUAACAGAUUACAGGCAUUUUAGUAAACAUAUUUUGUCCUUUUUUUCCCUUCUAAUUCUGAAUGAUUAUAGUGAAACUCAAUAUGUACAGACUUGUUCAACUCUUCAAGACUUUGGUUUAUCUAAUCAGAGUUUUAUAUAAGUGUCUAUUUCACUUUUACAUAUGAAUCAGAGAAUUCUUUCCAUGAAUACAAUUGUAAAUAAGUUCAUUUUAUUGUAUGGUUUAUUAGAAAGUAAGAUGACUCAAACCUUUGUAUAAGGAAAAGCUAUCUGUUCUCACAAAUCUGAUCUCUGAAGAUGACUGUCUUUUGAAUCAGGGCUUCGCAUAUAAUUCAGCCAAUGGGUUUAUUUACCCUGCACAGUACUUGUUCAUUUUAUAUAGAUUUGAUAUAAACACAUACAUAUAGAGCCUUCCAUCAUUGACAUACAUGAUUCCUUUUGACGAAAAAAAUGUUGCUGCUAGAAAUUCAUUAAAAUAGUAGUCAUUAAUGCAACAAUAAUCACAGUACAUUGUGGCUCGCUUCAAAUCAUUGGGUCAUCGUGUUGGGUCGGUUUGUCACGUUACCAGAUCUUUUGUGAAAACGUGCCCCUUUAUGCAUGAAAUUUUGGGGGUAAUGUUUGUGAAAUAAACCCCUCUCAUCUACUAAUGGUCUGGUCCAAUUUACCAACAAUUUGUGAAAACCCAACAGCAAAUAUAUAAAAGGUCGCAUCCUCUUUACAUGAUCUUCCGAUUUUGUUUCACGAAAGGUCAUGUAAGACGACCACCCGACCGGACGCAAUGACCCCAUGAAUGAAAGUAAGCCGUACAAUGUGACUUCUCUGUUGAACUUCCUGGUAAAGAUAGUGUAUCAUGAAGCAAUAAGAUCAGGAUGAUUGGAAAGAAACUAGAAUCAAGUUUUGAAAAAUGGUGACUUCGUCAGAGGUGCAUAAUUAUUGAAUUUGAUCAAACUAUCGGGUGAGAUCAAGACAAACUUUGGGCUUGUGAUAUCUUGAGUAAUGAGAAAAAGAGAAAAUAUCUUCUGGUAAUAAUGAAUUUCUUGAUUAUGUCUUUGGUAAUCUGAGAAAUAUGAAUGAUUGUUUUGAGAAUCUGGAAUUUCUUGUAAUAAGAAGAGGAUGUUUGUCAGGAGUAUAUACUGCUUGAGAUCCUACAGAUGGGACUGUAGAUUUUAUAUGUUCACUAUGUUACCAGCUAUACGGUUAUCAGUAAAGAAGAAUAAACCAUAUUCAAUCUUAAGCUUUUUGCAUGAGUUCCGUAGAAGAUAACCAGAUGCUUAAUGAUCUUUAUUUAAACUGUAAUUAAGUAUGAUGAAUCAGAUGAAUAUAUCCUUAAUUAUUGAGUGAAAGUAUCCACCUAGCUACCAAUGAAUCAUGGCUACUCACAUACUCCGACAGGGUUAGAAUGACUGGAAUUAUUUUCCCCAAAUCUUGAAAAAGUUCAUUGCACAAGGAAUUACCAUUCUUCUUCUUCUUUAUGAAAAAGAAAAAAAGUUGAGUUUUCAAAACUUUGAGGGGUUUAUAAGUAUGUUCUUCCAUUUCAACAUUGUGGAAGGAAAUCAGGAAAAAAAAUCAUAGCAAUAUUUUAUUUAAGUGGUAAUGAUUUGGGAGGGAUUACAAUAGUUUGCCUCGAUUUUGAAGACCAAGGUAAAUUUUGAGUGUGUUGAUACUACUUUAGGGCUUCAUGAACUUUUGCAAAAUCAUUGCUAGUACUAAUUUAUUAUAAUUUCUACACUCUUCAGAAACAUCCAUAUUAUAUGUGUAUUUCAUAGUAUACAUACUUGAAGAUCUAUCUAUCACUAUGGCUGUGUCAAAGGUCAUUUGUGACUAUAGUAAGUCAAUCUGAACUAUAGACAAGGCUUGGCCAUCAGACACGUUUAGGGAAACAGUGAUUUUCUGGUUUUGUUCAUCACUAAUUAAGUAAUCAUUAUUUCAGAUUCAUUUCAUUUCAAUUUUCCAACAAAACUAUGUAGUGUGAUGUUAUGUAGUCUUUCACUAGCUUUAUGUAGAUAUGACUAUUUUUUAUGUAAAAUGUUCCCUCACUAACGAAGUAUCUUUGUUCUUCUUUUAAUAAUGAUACUAAUGUACAUUGUAUUUUACAAUUUUCUCCUGGUAUACCAUAUGCCAACUUAAGAUGAAAAACAGAAAAUUAGCUAAUGAAACAAAUCAAAACAGAAACUGUAAUAUAUUUUGCAAUCUAUUAGAACAAUUUUCACUGAGUUGCAGCGAAUGUAUGGUUUUGAAAAUGGAUUUUGAUUUUCUUUCAAGUAACUUUUUUAAAAAUGAAUAGAUUGUAGAGUUCUAUAACUUCUGAUAGACAAUCAUAUACAUGUAUGUUAUCAAUAGUGUAAAUUUGGCAAUAUUGCAUGAAUUAAGCAAGUUUCUUUUCAAUAAAUCUUACGAGGUAAGAUGAGUAUAAUUCAAUGCAUAGGAACUCUGGUUAAAUUAUUAUUUGCGAUGUCUUGUAAUUUACUUAAAUCAAUGUUGGGAUGAUGAAUACCAUACAUUGUUUGAUUAUAGUUUAAGAUAAAUUAAGUUGACUGGUAUCAUUUAGGUAAACUAUGAGUUUUAUUCUUCCUAGAUAUGUAUAGUGUGCAUUAAAAUCUCUUCCAGACAGUUUUAAUCUAAUGAA